GCGUGUAACCUGGGGCGAGUGGAGUGGGGGGUAGGUGAGAAAAUUGAUGUCCUACUAGUAGUACUACUCUCUUUACCUACUUCAGUUGCCCACACUAUAGAUUUUUACAAUUUUUUCCUCAUUUUCUUUCCUCUGCAAAAGGAGUUGGUUGGGAGUGUCCAUCGACUUAUUUGUCCACACCGUUUGGAAUUCUCUUCUUUAGUCAGUUCUUGUAUUCCAAUAUGGACUUUUUGCAAACAUCUGAAGGUCGAUUAUUUGUGGGUGUUGCUGUUGGCCUUGUUGCUGUUGGUGCUUCUGCAUACUUCAUUUUUUCCUCCAAGAAAUCCAAAGUGUGCCUGGAUCCUGAGAAUUUUAAGAAGUUUAAGCUUGUGAAGAAAAUACAGCUCAGCCAUAACGUGGCAAAAUUCAGAUUUGAACUUCCUACACCCACAUCUGUGUUGGGACUUCCUAUUGGACAGCACAUUAGUUGCAGGGGUAAAGAUGGUCAAGGUGAAGAGGUCACUAAACCAUAUACUCCAACUACCUUGGAUUCUGAUGUUGGAUACUUUGAGUUAGUUAUAAAGAUGUAUCCACAAGGAAGAAUGUCUCAUCAUUUCCGAGAAAUGCGUGUAGGUGACUAUCUGGCUGUAAAAGGACCAAAGGGUCGCUUUAAGUAUCAACCCGGCCAAGUGAGAGCAUUUGGAAUGCUUGCUGGAGGCUCUGGCAUUACGCCAAUGUUCCAGGUUGCUAGAGCUAUUCUUGAAAACCCAAUUGACAAAACAAAGGUGCAUCUGAUAUAUGCUAAUGUUACAUUUGAAGACAUUCUUCUAAAGGAAGAAUUGGAUAGCCUUGCUACUAAUUACCCUGGUCAAUUUAAGAUUUACUAUGUACUAAAUCAGCCUCCUGAGGUGUGGAAUGGUGGUGUUGGGUUCGUAUCCAAGGAAACAAUUCAAGCUCACUGCCCUGCGCCGGCAUCUGAUAUUCAGAUACUAAGAUGUGGGCCACCUCCUAUGAACAAGGCCAUGGCUUCUCAUUUAGAAGCUCUUGGAUAUGCCUCAGAGAUGCAAUUCCAGUUUUAAGCCUCGCUCAAGAUUUUUUCAUCUUUAUAUGGUCCUGACUUUAUGUCAUUCUUGGAGAAGUUAUCUUCAUCUGCAGGUUUUUAGUAUCCGGAAUUUUUCGAUGUAAUUCCCUCGUGAAUAAAUUAUAGACCGCUUUUCUUUUGAUUGAAUAACAGAUUUUCCCUGAGCUUAGCUUACUUACAA